AGGCAAACAUCUCUAGCGAUUCCGUCAGCUGACCGGCUACACGACUCUUCAUCCGUCCGAUUCCGAACCGUCCGAAUUCCGCCAAAAGCGCCGCUCUUGCCCGCGCUGUCUCUCGAAAGAGGAUACCGCCGGGGGGAGGACCGCGACCGUUCGUCUGGUUUCCACGGCGUAUCGCGUAGCGUUUCCUGAAUGGGCAGACAGAACCUGGAGCGGCCAAGACGGCCGUUGGAUGAGUAGGACAGUGUGUCGCCAUCCUGCACGUUGGGGCCCCGUUCUUCUCCACGUGACCUGGCCACUGACCCACUUUGGUUUCUCCAAGUCUCCCCCUUCUCUCUUCCUCUUUCUCUCUUCCUCUCUGCUCUAUCUUUCUUUCUCUGACCGAUGGUGCCCUCUCUUCUUGCCCCUGCCCUUCUCUCUCUUCUUCUUCCUCCUCCUCCUCCUCCUUCACCGUUGCCACCUGUACCACCUCCGCCCCCUCGACAGCUCCUGUCCUCCGCGAAGCGGUCCCCCUUCUUCCUCUUCUUCGAUCGGACUACCGUCGAACGCGCCUCCGUUGCCUCCACCAUGAACGACCUCCACCACCGACCGGGCAUCAGCCACCACCACUGAUCUUCGUCGUCGAAGGCGCCGCUUAUGACUUAGCCAUGCGACUCCAGCACAUGCCGUGGCCAGACAGGUACCAUCCCGUUUGCUAGCCGGAUGGACGAUCGUCGCGCGGUACAGAUCGGUCGGAGCGCGUAAGAGUCAACAGACGAGACCGCCGGGGACGAGAGUGCCCUCGAUCGCCGAUGCUGACACGGUCGGCGAGUGCUCGGGGCGCGCGCGACACAGACGGAAUCCGAGGAUCGCGGGGAUCGCGAGCACCGACUCGAAAUCCGAUCUCGAGCAAGACCGCGACCGGGGCAGGUAGAUCCGCGAUCGGUAAUUGGCGUAGCGCGUGGUCGGCAAGCCGAUCGGCAAACCGCGACGAAGUUCAGUGAGGAAGUGCGGGAGGUAGAGCGGACGGUAGGAGGCAACGGUGAGCCCGGAAGGCAGGAGCUGAAGAAGGUAUCCGGAAGGGACGUUUUGAGCAGUGGCAGCAAGGGCAAGGUCGCGUUUUCUCUGCGCAGCGGAAGCGGACCGUCGGCGGAGCGGGCUCGUCUGCCGGAAUUUAAGCGACGUUAUGAGACGCGCUUAACGCGCGGGCCCUCUCGCUUGCAAGCAAGGUUAAUGCGCACGAUGGCUGUUGAGAAAGGUGUAUGUUGGUGUCCGCUGUUCGUCCUCCUCACUCUGACAUGCAUCUCCUCUCACUCAUGGACGCCCCAGAAUGAAGGCAGAAAACUGUUCGGCGGCUACACGAUAGUGCCGAAGGCGUGCCGGCCUACAAUGCCUCCGCGCGUCAAGUCGAGCGAGCCGGCGAUAUGCAUGUUCAAUUACGAAUGCACGCGACGCAAUGGCGAGGUCGUCGGCGCCUGCAUGGACGGCUUCCUCUUCGGUGCGUGCUGCCAAUUACCGCCGAGGAGCCCGGCGAACGGAAACGGCGACUUGCCCGCCACCGAAGAGCUCCUAGGCCUGCACCAGAUCGACCACGUACCCGACAUACCCAUCCUGUUGAACCCAGACGGCACACCGGUCGGCAUGUCGCUACCGCCGAGCGGCGAGAUCACGAAGACCGACAAGCCGAGCGUCUCGAAUCACUUGAACGGCGCCGAGACCACGUACACGAAGAUCUCCAGCUCGAAUCAGGCCUCGAUGUCGCACGAUGACGCGACGAGCAAUCCUGAGAAGACGCCCGUGCAACCGGACGUCAGCCACUUGGCCGAGGACUUCCCGGCUCUUCUGGGCCAGCAGGAGGUCAUCGACGACCUGCGACUGCCGGGAUUGUUGACUCAUUCGGAUUCCAAUAACGACAUUCAGGACCACCAAGACCUCUCCGCGAUGAACCCGGUCACCACGUUGUUGAGCCCUGACCAGAUUCUGCAGAUAGCGGACCCCGUGGAUCAACUACCGGCGCUGUUCUCCCAAGGGAUCAGCAAGAACAACCAUAGCGAUCCGGAGACGAUACUGCUGAACGAGAACGGCACGAUGCUCGAAGAGCCGCACAACCCGGACGAGAUCUUCCGACCCGUCACCGAGACGUCGGUCGACAAAAAGGUCACACAGGCUGGCGGCAGCACGUCGUCGGGCGCUUGGAUUAAAUUCACCGAACGGCCGUCGUCUCCCAUUGUCAAGUCGACGUCUAUAUCAACGCAAGGUCCAAAGUCAUCAACAACGCCGAUGAUGACGAGGAUGCCCGUGGUGACCCAGAUGUACGCGAAUGCGCAGAGAAUUACGAGCGACCCGUCUAGCACGCAGCUGACCAUGACCAACACCUACGAGAAGCUGAGUACAAUCGAAAAGAAGGUGUCCACGAGAAUAGCGACCGACACCAACUCAAUAGCGCUCGAGGUCACCACGCCGAUGAGCGUGUCAAGCGCGAAGGACGACGAGUUGGUGAAGGUGCCGACCGUCGCCUACGAUGGCAUGCAACAUACGUCUGGCAACAAGAAGAAGGACGACGUGCUCGACAAGGAGGAGAUCGCCAUUAAUCACAUCAUCUCUAUUUUGAAUGACACGACACCGAACUCGGACGUGUCGGUGACGCUCCAGAUGCCCAGCUCUUCCCCCGUUCAGGCUUGGGUGAGCAUCGACGAGACGUCCAAACCCACCCAUACCAAGAUCACCUCUUUGAACUACCGUCCCACGACUCCCGCAACCCCCGCCAUCCUCUCGACCUUCCCUUACACCUUCUACAAGCCCGGCUCGCUGCACAGGCCAUCCUCGACGUACUACAAUUACGAGCUGGUUCCUACGCCCGGCAUCGAGACCACCUACGUGUCGCAGCCGAGCUCCAGUAACAUAUACGCCUCGCGGCCCUCCACGCAAACGACUUACGGUGCCUCCAGCAGCUUUGGCUACUCUAAACGACCUACGACGAACCCUCCGGCGCCGACGGUGAUAGUUCUCGGGCCGCUCGGUACGGAAUUCACCACGGAGACGACCCAGAAGCCGGCCACGAGGAAGCCCUCGAGCGGGAGCACCAAACCAGUCUCCAGCUCGAUUAAGACCACGCCUGUCAGACCCACCAUCGUCAGCACCAAGAAACCCAGCGUAUCCACCACGAUCACUCACAACAUCAGCACCGUCAUUUCCAACACCGCCAACAACAACGUGGUCUCCACCAGUUACAUCAGCGUCAACCUCAAGGAUGACACCAGCAGUGCGAAACCCAGCGUCGACAUCAGCACCGAGUCGAUCCAAACGUUGACGAGCACGAAGACCCGGCCGAGCACGAGGAAACCCGUCAUCUGGACGACGAUCUCCUCAUGGUCCGAAAAGCCGACGUUCAAUCUGAGACCGUCGACGCCCGGCCUCAGCUGGUCGAAUGUGAACCUGACGCCGAUCAACACGAUAGUGCUGAAAGGCACGACAGACCGUACCGAUGAUCGUGACUCCACGAGGUUCACCACCGUCGCACCCUGCGACGACGAGACGGCGGCGCCCGACGACCUGAUCAAUUUCCCGCCAGUGCGCAAUCCGAAUCUCAACAUCUCCGUGCCGAUCUCGCAGCAGGAGAAGCCUACGAUCGUCGAGACGUACAACAACACCGGCUACCCGGACAUCGAGUUGAUCAGCGAGAACGACAUCCCGACGCCCACGUUCAUCGAGGAUGACGUUCUGACGAACAAGGUGGACGCUUUCGUCAACAAGAUUAUCGAGUCGCUACAGGGCAACUUCCAGAGUUUAAGCGACGUAGUCUACAUCCGCAAUGGCACCACAACGACUUCGGUGACACCCGCGACCGUGACGAAACGACCGACGGUCGGAGCGAGUAGCACGACGAAGAAACCGACGCGAAGAGCCACGACUCGACCACCAUCUUCCUCGGUGACGACGAAGAAGCCAUCGGUGACCACAAAGAGACCUACUCGUGCGACUCAGAGACCGUCGUCGGCUGAGAAACCAACGCGUCCUACUAAAGUGACUACUUCCAAACCUAAACCGAGCACGUUGCAGAGCGUUACGACCAAGAAACCUCAGACGACGACAAAACGUCCGAAACCGACCAGAAGAGUCACCACUCCGUCGCCCAGCAGCACGGAAACGACCAUACUCGAAGAACAGAGUCUGAACGCGACCGAAAGCAACGCCGCGGAGGAGACCAACACGCCAGAAUUUCGGAAUCAAUGCGGCAUGAGACCCCUAAUAUCGAGGGCGGGAAAAAUAGUCGGCGGAAAGGGAGCAAUGUUCGGAGAAUGGCCAUGGCAGGUAUUGGUUCGCGAGGCUACCUGGCUCGGUCUGUUCACGAAGAAUAAGUGCGGCGGUGUACUUAUCACCGAUAAGUACGUGAUAACGGCGGCCCAUUGCCAACCGGGCUUCCUGGCGUCCUUGGUCGCCGUGUUCGGCGAGUUCGACAUCUCGGGCGAGCUGGAGUCGAAGCGCAGCGUGACGAAGAACGUGCGCCGCGUGAUCGUGAACCGCGGCUACGAUCCGGCGACAUUCGAGAAUGACCUGGCGCUUCUCGAGCUGGAGACGCCGGUGCAAUUCGACGAGCACAUCGUGCCGAUCUGCAUGCCGGACGACGGCAUCGACUUCACCGGUCGAAUGGCCACGGUGACAGGCUGGGGCCGGCUCAAGUACAAUGGUGGCGUACCGUCGGUGCUGCAAGAGGUCCAGGUGCCCAUUAUGGAGAACUCCGUCUGCCAGGAGAUGUUCCAAACCGCCGGCCACUCGAAGCUGAUUCUGGAAAGCUUCCUCUGCGCCGGCUACGCCAACGGCCAGAAGGACUCCUGCGAGGGUGACAGCGGCGGCCCGCUGGUCAUGCAGCGACCGGACGGCAGGUGGUUCCUGGUCGGGACCGUUUCUCAUGGCAUAAAAUGCGCGGCCCCGUAUCUACCGGGUGUGUACAUGAGGACGACCUACUUCAAGCCCUGGCUGCACAGCAUCACCGGCGUGUGAGGGGCUCUCCCUUCCCUUCGGUUGAGUCGCGUAUUACGUGACGUAUCACGCAAGCGGCACCAGUUUGCCAUUUUGUAUAAAUGUACAAAGGAAUACUAAUUUAUUUCCCCAGUCUCGGGAUAGAGCGUACGAAAGCAAUUAAGUAACACGCCCACGGAGGAAGCCGGGGGGGAGGGCUUUUCGUCCCUUCGGCUCUUCGGAUUCUUAAGUAACAACGAGACCUCGCUCCUUCUCCUCGCACGCUGUCGCGUGCGCGUCUUCUUAUUAUUAACAUCAGCGGAAGUGUAAACGCGCUCAUAACACACAAGCGACAAUCUCGCGCAUCUCGUCUGAAUACGAGCGACGAGAAAGAAGAGAGAGAGAGAGAGAGAGAGAGAGAGAGAGA